AUGGGAAAUAGCAGCGGCGGCUUCAGUCUUGAAGUCUUUAAGGUAUAGGUUUUAUGAACAACAAUCUAAAAGGAAUAUUGUACUUUAGGGUAAAAAUGAGAAUUCCAUCUGACUGGUAUUUUUCACAGAGUUUUAAGAGACAUAAGACAUGAUUAAUAAUAUAUAUUUGACAGGCACUCUUAAUCACGACUCUCCUUCAUCACACAUUGCGUAUGAGCAUUUUCUUAUUACAUUUUUGAAAAAUUAGGUAAAAGGAUAGUGAAGACAUGUAUUCCAAAAUAAAUAGAAUAAAACAAUCUUCUUGUGAUUAGCAACAGCAGUAACAUCGUGUUUCACAUUUGAAUUCAAGAGGGACUGCACUGCCGGUUUGAAGUAGACAUUGAAGUCACAUGUAGUCUUCCGAAGUCAUCUGAAAGGUUGAGGAGUCUUAUGGAGUCUUUGUAUUUGGUAUGUCUUAAAGCCUCGAAGUCUACUGUUUUCCAUCGAGAACACGCAGAAAUAAAAAUGACUCCCACUUUUUCAAAAACAAAUUGUUUAGAAAAUCGAAACUCUUGCUUUUCAGCUGUUUUAAUGCGCAAAUAUAUUAUUGGUCAGACUUUAGAAAACAAUCGGACAAAAACAUUUUUCAGAGACAAGAACAUGAUUGAAGACUCGAAAAUGAAUGUUGCAUAGAAAAUACUUUCAAAACAAAAAAGAUUAAGUGCUUCCGUAAGAUAUUUGUAUCUCAUUCAAAAAUAGUUGUAGCAAACUCGCAGACAUCUCAUAUGAUAGAUAAUUGUUUCCUCUGCCGUUUCGUUCAGUCUGAACAAUAUUAUUUGCUUGUAUGUUUCGAGUGCUGAAAAAUUAAGAUUUCGAUUUUCACCGAAUAUCUGUAUCAGGAAGUCUGGUAAUCGUUUUUAAUUUCUUAUUUUUUAUUCUAUACAGUUUUCUCUAUUCGAAUCACAAUUUCAAUUGUUUGUCGUAUUAAAGAUUCCACAAAAAAGUUGAAGAUGAAUCUUAUUGAACAAAUUCGGUAGCUAUUGUAUCGUAAAAACAAAAUGAUAGUUGAUGGAAAUCGUCGAAAAGUGAUCGAUAUCUUUGAAUACUUGUAGUCAUUAGCCUUGAAAUUUUCUUCAAUGAGUGUCUUGCUUUAAUCAAGUAUUGUUUGAAAAUUUCACAAUAAGAGAUCGAUGCUGAGACUGUCGCACACAAUGGAAAUCUUCUUCCGUGCCUCAUGAUUACAGCAGAUUGGAGUACCCUAUUUGUGACACGAUAUAGACAUGCAAAUAUUUAUUUUUUGAUAGAAAAAUGGAAAACUAAACAAGUAUCAAAAAAGGUAUUUUGAACUCUAAGAAAAAAAAAAACAGUAUUUUCAUCAAAAAUUCUUUGCAUGAAGGCCCCCCCCCCCGCCAAAAUAAAACU